GGCCCAUCAACGUCGACAUGGAUCAUAUAAAAAUGGGAGAUGAAUAUUAUUAUAUGAUACAUUGAUACUGCUCUUAAUUUGUAUGAUUGGAAAACUCUAAAUUCCUUCCAUUGCCAAUUUUCUGCUGAUUUCUUAGGAUUGCAUCAGUCAGAAAUUAAAUGGAGAUGGAGAUGGAGAUGGAGACGGAGUCGAAUCCAAUUCCCUGCUCGCCGUCCGAGAAAUGGUUGGCCUCGGAUCAGGAGAUGAUGUUGCUCGAGCUGAAUCUCUCCGAUCACCACCACCACGAGGAGGAGGAGGAGGAGGAGGAGGAGGAGGAUAAGAAAUUAGUUGCAUCUCAAGAACAGAGCUCAUCGACGUCGAUUUCUAGCGUUGAGAUCGUCGUUGCUGAAUGGGACGGACGAUCGGGAUCGACGGCGGACGCCAGCUUGCUGAGAGCUCUGCAGCUAUCGCAGACGCGGGCGAGGGAGGCGGAGAAGAAGGCGGCGGCUGAGAGCGACCGGAGCCACGAGCUCAGCAGGCUGCUGAUGGACGACGCGCUCCGACUCUCGGCCUACCGGCGGUGGGCGACUCUGCUCGAGGCCGAGAAUUCCAUGCUGCGGCUGAAGGGAUUAACCACGCGGCGACCGCAAGAGGAGGAGGAGGAAGGGCAAGAAGAAGAUGAGCGGGAGGAGGCUAAGGCGAAGGCGAAGGCGAAGAAGAAAGCGACGCCGGCGCCGAUGGCCGGGUGGGUGGCGUUGGCCUCUUGCGUCGGCAUCGCCGGCGUGGGGUUCGUGGUGGCCCGGAACGUUCAUUACUCGAUCCAACAGCAGGAGAAUGAUGACAGAGUCAAACCGAGGUUGACCGUUAGGCUUGGAUUUUUGCAGAUCCAUGUUGGUGCGGUCCACUUCGACGGGGUCCGAAUAAGUUUCAGAUUUCAAUCUAUUUUCGACAAAUUAAGGCUCAAAUUUUAGUUUCUGUCCAAAUGAAUGCUCUAUUCUUUUUUUCCCCUUAAUGAUGUUAAUUUCGUAAAAAUGUUGUUAAUGCUUCGUUUCGUUCUUAAGCAUUGUACAGGCAAGAAAUUACAUGGAAAGCACGCUAUUAGUCUUCUAAUUGACA